UAUUACCAGGUCUUAAAUUUUGCUAUGAUAGUGUCUUCUGCCCUUAUGAUAUGGAAGGGGCUGAUCGUCAUUACUGGAAGUGAAAGCCCCAUUGUUGUGGUGCUCAGUGGCAGCAUGGAACCAGCUUUUCACAGAGGAGACCUGUUGUUCUUAACAAAUUUUCAUGAUGACCCAAUCAGAGCUGGUGAAAUAGUUGUUUUUAAAGUUGAAGGCAGAGACAUUCCAAUAGUUCACAGAGUGAUCAAAAUACAUGAAAAAGAAAAUGGGAACAUCAAGUUUCUGACCAAAGGUGAUAAUAAUGAAGUUGAUGAUAGAGGCUUGUACAAAGAACGUCAGAACUGGUUAGAGAAGAAAGAGUUUUUGCCAUAUGUGGGUAUGGUAACCAUAAUAAUGAACGACUAUCCAAAGUUCAAGUAUGCUCUUUUGGCAGUAAUGGGAGCAUAUGUACUGCUGAAACGGGAAUCCUAA